AUGUUUGACUGUCUGUUCAAAACCAAGUUUUACUCCAAAUGCAAGUCAUCGAUUAAACUGACAAAGACUCGAAUCGAAAUGAUAAGAAAGAAGAGAAAUGCAAUGGAGAAGUAUACGAGGAAUGAUAUUGCUGAUCUUCUUAGAAAUGGAUUUGAUAUGAAUGCCUAUCAAAGGGCUGAAAGACUUCUGGUUGAGCUCAACAUGUCCUUAUGUUACGACUUCGUCGAGCAAUUUUGUGUACAUAUCUCAAGCCAUCUUACUGACAUGGAUAAACAGAGGGAAUGCCCUGAAGGGUGCAAGGAAGCUGUAUCAUCGCUGAUGUUUGCAGCAGCAAGAUUUGGUGAUCUGCCCGAAUUACGUGAGCUCAGAACGAUAUUUUCUGAGAGAUUCGGGAAAUCCCUCGAGUAUUAUGUCAAUAAAGAGUUUGUAGAGAAGUUGAAGAGAGACCGUCCAUCAAAGGACUUGAAGCUUCAGUUAAUGCAAGAUAUAGCAACAGAAUCUGGUUUGGAUUGGAAUUCAAAAGCUUUGGAAAAUGAACUGUAUAAUGCACAAGAGUAUGGGAAGAAGAACGAUGAAAAGGAGAGUGUGCUUCCUCAAAGAAAUGAUAGAAGUCCAGACGACAUUCCUCCUUUAAGUGACAAUAAAGUGGAGACUACUAGAAGAAAUGAGAUGCAAAACGAGGCAGAAACUUUAACAAGUGAUUCUGGCAAGGAAUCUGAAGCUGACGAACCUUCUAGCUACAAGAAUCGUCCUCCUCCUUAUACCAAAUCAGAAGUCAAAAAUUUGGGGGAUUCUGAAGGUAAUGUGAGAGCAAAGAUGCAUUUAAAAGAAACAAAUCAAGAAAAACCAAAUAUGGCCCAAAGGAUCUUAAAAUUCUUGGACAAGGGCCACUGUAAUCAGAGUGACGAUGAAGAAAGCAGGCUGGACAGGCUUUUAGCACAUUACGCUGAAAAGAAGGCACCUCGUGAAACUGAGGAAUCUGACUCAGUCCUUAAGAUAUCCCCAGAACACGAUAAUAUUAGCACAAGCAAAACCACAAGAAAAGAUGGUUCUUCAAGGAGAACGGCUUCUCUUCCUGUUGAGUUAACCAGUCCACCCAAAACUCCAAAAGGACAUGCUCGAGCCUCAUCCUUCCAGCCCGAAAUACUGAAUUCAAGAGGGAGUGUGCAUCCUAAGCUACCAGACUACGAUGACUUUAUAGCUCGACUUGCAGCUCUCAGAGGAAACUGA